AUGAAGGAUGAGCAAGAAUAGAAAAAUGCCUUAUAUAUGAAAAUGGAUUUCGUUAAAACUAUGAAUCAUUCAAAGAAUUUAUCACUUGAUUCAUAAAAUUCAUUCUCAAACAUAAAUUUUGAUGAUGUACUCAAAGUCGAAAAGCAAACCAAUGGAAUAUAAUAAACUAAUGAAAAAGUAAUGGAUUUAAGAAAGGGAAGAAAAUCAUUGUAACUAAUUAAAAGUCUUAUUUUCGCCAAGCCUUAAGAAAAAACUAAAGUAAAAUUUAAUUAAUCAAAAAAAUAAGUAUCUACUUACGAUAGUUUCCCGUCAGUCUAAAAGAAACUUAAAGAAUUGGAAGAAUUAAAUCGUCCUCGAAAAGUUGAUAUUAAUAAUACUACUAAAAAUUGGGGAAAAUUCACUAAAUCUGAAAAAAAUAGAUGA